AUGGACAAUUAUAGCGUUAAAUCACCAGCUAUGCUAAGGGUUCAAAAAGAGUUAUCAGAGUUGACAAUGUACGAAGGUGUUGAGAUAAGAUUCCCUGAUAUUAACGAUGUAAUGCACUUGGAGAUAUUGAUCACUCCAACGGAAGGUAUUUACAAGGAUAUCAAAAUCACUUUCUCAUGUCAUAUCCCCAACCAAUAUCCACACAAUAGACCUAAAAUAUACUGCAAAUCCAAAAUAAUACAUCCAAAUAUAUUGGGAACAAAUGCUGAGAAAUGCCAAGGAGCAGUUUGUUUAAACAUCUUGAGGGAGGACUGGCGACCUGUUUACACAAUUAACACAGCCAUUGUUGGACUCGUUAACCUCUUAAUUGAACCACAGUCUGAAAACCCACUGGAUAAGUUUGCUGCCAAUUUGUUAAAGCAUGACCCAAUGCAUCUGAGAUCAAUUAAUCUAUCACUAACUUACAAUACACCUUAUUUAAAAUUAUUUACUAUCCUAAUGGUAUGGAGUGAAGGGGAUGAGUGGAUUCUGUAA